AAAUAAAUGAACUCCGUCUUCAGUGCGCUUCACUUGUGUUUUUUUCUGAUUUUACUGUCAUUAAGCACAUAAUUUGAUGCAUAUUUUGUAUGCAACAGUUAUUUUGACUAUAUAUCGUACUCUAUUAUGCUCCAAAUUACUACGGGGAGUGCUCUAAGUGCUUCUAAUAACUAAAAUCAAUAACAAUCAGUGACCAACAAAGUUACCGAGAUGAAUUAUGAAGCGGAUAGGGCUAUGAAUCAAAAGCGGUUACGAAUGGAGGGCGAACCGGGCCACGGUGUUGUCCAAGGAAACGGUUUGCCGCUAAAUUAUAUAGACAAUGGUCACCAAAUACCUUACCAGCCGUACGCAGGAGCGUACAACACGCACUACCCGCCCCCAGACGCGUUCGCGGCGUACGGCCCGCCGCCGCCCGGCGGCUACGCUCCCCAGAACCUGUCGUACGCGCCGCCCGCCCACCAAAACUAUCCCCACCACCAGACCUUCCCCCCACAGCAGCCCCAAGCACAACUUCACAUGCCACAGUCACACAUGGGUAAAUAUAUGCAAGGCUACGGCGACGUAGGAGUGCACAAGCCGGCGUGGCCGCCGCAGAGUCACCUGCUGCCGCCCCUCGACACGCAGAAGCCUCUCGACGUGAAGCAGCUCAAGCCGGAGAUCAAGUUGGAACCGGCCGACUCGCAGAAGAGACCGCAUCCAGAGAAUGAGAUGAUGGGUGGCGAUAUGGAUCAGCCUAAAAUCAAGAUUAAGACAGACAUUUUUAAGCCUGACGACCUGGCCCACAGACCCGCUGGCGAGAAGCCACUCGAUGUUCAAAAGCCCUUGGAGCCCCAUAAAACAGAUCAACAAAAUAAAGACGAAGGUCAUCCGGGCGAGGUCAAAUCCGGGGACAAACCUACAGAGACGUGCAAGUCAGAGGCGUCAGCGGAACGCGCGGCGGACGACCAGCGGCCGGCCGAAUCGAAAACCCCUACAGCUGAUAAAUCAGUGGAGGACAGGAAACCGUUCAAUAGUCCAGAUAUAGCAAAGUCCGCGAGUACGCCAGGCAAGACGCCCACCCCCGGCUCUGAGCCAAAGAAGAGAGGGCGGCCGAAGGGGUCGACGAACAAGCCGAAGCCGGCCGGGGCGCCGCUGCGGGCCGCCGCGCCGCGCCCGCCCGCGCCGCGCCCGCCGGGGCCCGCCGUCCCCAGCGGCCCGCGCCCGCGCCUGCCCGGCUACCAGUACGCCGUGCGACCCUUCAGGAAGGACUUCUCCGGCAUACAGUUCAGGAGGCGAUGGAGUGAUGAUUGUCUCGACUCGUCACACAUACCCAACGAAGUGUAUUUCGGCGACGUGCCGGUCUCGAUGGAGGUGCUGUUCAACUAUUACGACGCGAACGCCGAGAGGGAGAAGUUGGCCACACAGGCUGCCCUCAUAGCGGCGCAGAAAGCGGCCGCUGCCAAGCUAGCUGCCGCCAAACUGCAGGCCAGGGGACUGUUGUACAAUGAGCAGGUGACGACAGUGGACUCGUCGUCAUCAGAGGACUCGUCCGGCUCCUCUGGCAGUGAUUCGGAAGAAAGUGACGAUCAGGAUACGCCGUUAAAACGUGGCCCCGGCCGGCCCAAGGGUUCCAAGAACUCGAGCAGUCCGCGCACGCCCGGCACCGGCAGCACGCCCGGUAGCGGGCGACGUGGGAGACCUCCAGUGCCGCCCGAGUUGCGGCAGCCCGGUAUAACGGACAUGAAAAAGUUCUGCAAAGCCGCCGGCAUACGGUUCGACUAUAAGAAGCUUGUUGAAGGUUGCACAAAGAAUAAGGAGCGAGUGGCCAAAAUGUUGGACCUACUAACGGCAGCGGGACUCGAAGGGAAGCCUACGUUAGAGAAGUGCAAGGCACUGAAGCAGGCGAAGAUGGAGAAGAAGGAACAGGAGAAGCAGUCCAAGAAGGAGGCUAAGGUCAAGCACAAAGAGGAAAGAGAGGGCGGGUCGGGCGGCGAUGGCGACGAGGCGGGCGUGCCGCGACGCAUGACGCGCGGCGCGACGGGCGUGAAGCCGCGCCAGCGCAUCGUGAUCUCGUCCGACGAGGAGGACGACACGCCCGCCGCGCGCCGCACGCUCUCCAAGCUGCGCUCCAGCGUCAACGACCACUCCGACUCCGACUAGGUACAGUACACUACACGCACCCACACACCGGCACACCACUACACUACACUACACUACACAGUACACUGAUCGAUGCAUCGUGAUCUCGUCCGACGAGGAGGACGACACGCCCGCCGCGCGCCGCACGCUCUCCAAGCUGCGCUCCAGCGUCAACGACCACUCCGACUCCGACUAGGUACAGUACACUACACGCACCCACACACCGGCACACCACUACACUACACUACACUACACAGUACACUGAUCGAUGCAUCGUGAUCUCGUCCGACGAGGAGGACGACACGCCCGCCGCGCGCCGCACGCUCUCCAAGCUGCGCUCCAGCGUCAACGACCACUCCGACUCCGACUAGGUACAGUACACUACACGCACCCACACACCGGCACACCACUACACUACACUACACUACACAGUACACUGAUCGAUGCAUCGUGAUCUCGUCCGACGAGGAGGACGACACGCCCGCCGCGCGCCGCACGCUCUCCAAGCUGCGCUCCAGCGUCAACGACCACUCCGACUCCGACUAGGUACAGUACACUACACGCACCCACACACCGGCACACCACUACACUACACUACACUACACAGUACACUGAUCGAUGCAUCGUGAUCUCGUCCGACGAGGAGGACGACACGCCCGCCGCGCGCCGCACGCUCUCCAAGCUGCGCUCCAGCGUCAACGACCACUCCGACUCCGACUAGGUACAGUACACUACACGCACCCACACACCGGCACACCACUACACUACACUACACUACACAGUACACUGAUCGAUGCAUCGUGAUCUCGUCCGACGAGGAGGACGACACGCCCGCCGCGCGCCGCACGCUCUCCAAGCUGCGCUCCAGCGUCAACGACCACUCCGACUCCGACUAGGUACAGUACACUACACGCACCCACACACCGGCACACCACUACACUACACUAUACUACACAGUACACUGAUCGAUGCAUCGUGAUCUCGUCCGACGAGGAGGACGACACGCCCGCCGCGCGCCGCACGCUCUCCAAGCUGCGCUCCAGCGUCAACGACCACUCCGACUCCGACUAGGUACAGUACACUACACGCACCCACACACCGGCACACCACUACACUACACUACACUACACAGUACACUGAUCGAUGCAUCGUGAUCUCGUCCGACGAGGAGGACGACACGCCCGCCGCGCGCCGCACGCUCUCCAAGCUGCGCUCCAGCGUCAACGACCACUCCGACUCCGACUAGGUACAGUACACUACACGCACCCACACACCGGCACACCACUACACUACACUACACUACACAGUACACUGAUCGAUGCAUCGUGAUCUCGUCCGACGAGGAGGACGACACGCCCGCCGCGCGCCGCACGCUCUCCAAGCUGCGCUCCAGCGUCAACGACCACUCCGACUCCGACUAGGUACAGUACACUACACGCACCCACACACCGGCACACCACUACACUACACUACACUACACAGUACACUGAUCGAUGCAUCGUGAUCUCGUCCGACGAGGAGGACGACACGCCCGCCGCGCGCCGCACGCUCUCCAAGCUGCGCUCCAGCGUCAACGACCACUCCGACUCCGACUAGGUACAGUACACUACACGCACCCACACACCGGCACACCACUACACUACACUACACUACACAGUACACUGAUCGAUGCAUCGUGAUCUCGUCCGACGAGGAGGACGACACGCCCGCCGCGCGCCGCACGCUCUCCAAGCUGCGCUCCAGCGUCAACGACCACUCCGACUCCGACUAGGUACAGUACACUACACGCACCCACACACCGGCACACCACUACACUACACUACACUACACAGUACACUGAUCGAUGCAUCGUGAUCUCGUCCGACGAGGAGGACGACACGCCCGCCGCGCGCCGCACGCUCUCCAAGCUGCGCUCCAGCGUCAACGACCACUCCGACUCCGACUAGGUACAGUACACUACACGCACCCACACACCGGCACACCACUACACUACACUACACUACACAGUACACUGAUCGAUGCAUCGUGAUCUCGUCCGACGAGGAGGACGACACGCCCGCCGCGCGCCGCACGCUCUCCAAGCUGCGCUCCAGCGUCAACGACCACUCCGACUCCGACUAGGUAAUCCUCGAUUUCUCUGCCUGGUAAAGGUCGCGUGGGACACAACAGUGCCAGUUAUCUGUUAGUGGGCAGUGAACGGACGUGCGGCCCCUAGAAAGUGCUUCGACGGGGGCCCUGAGGUACUGUUAGUGGCGUAAAAUUCCUAUUAAUAUUAGCUCGUCUAUUUGUAGUGUGCGCGAUGUGACAAUAGCGGUUGGUUGGUUGCAGUUUUGUAGCGGUGUUGCCAUCACGUGGUGAACGGUUUGAUAAUGUGUGACGACAGUGGAAUGGCAUAGAAAUAAUAUAAUUUAAAAGCUCUCUUUAAUAGUAACAUUUUUACAACGCUACCGUUGGGUUUGGAUUAUCACUGCGGGAUCUUCGCAGCAGAUAACGAUUUGCUGAGAAGAUCCUGCAGUGAUUCUUUUCAUUGUACUUUUGUAUUAUUUAUUAUUAUUUGUAUAAAAAAAAAGUCAUAUAUUUUUUUCAGUAAGAAUUUUUUAUAGUAUCAACUAUAAACAAAUAAAACAUACACUAUAAAUGUAGAAUAAAAAGCUACAAAUUUGUCUAUGAUGUUUACAACUAUAAAUACCGUUUACCACGUGGUUCAACGCUUCGAUUUUCGAAUUGAUAUUCCUAAGAAAUAAGCUAGUACCAUAGUUUUACAGUCGGAAACUAAAGGCAAAGGUAGUUCAUUUGAAAGUUGGAGAAUUUAAAAAUGAGUAUUUAUUUGAUAAUUAUUGCAUUAUAAAAUUUUAUUUUGUUCAUACAUUACGUAUGUUUUUUUUUUUUUUAAUGGGAUCGACAUUAGUUUUGUGGUUAAGAGAAUUAACGUCUCUUGUUCAGUCAACUUUUGCAAUAGCAGCGUAGUUUUUUUUUUAAAGAAUAAGUUAGAAUAUAUAUAUAUUUAAAAGAGAAAUUGUUUUAAUGUGACCGAAUAAUAAACGUUAUUGCAAUGGAGAAUUUGAUCUCUCAAAUGUGAAUUCAAUAAUAAUAAUUUAUUUUGGAUAAUAGUAGUUAUACUGUAGUACGGUAUGGUAUAUUGCGAUUGUAUCGUCACGAUAUAAUUAUAGCGAAAAAUGCAUUAAAUUGUAUGGAGACGGUUUUAUUUUUCCGUGAUUAUAUAGAGGGCCGUGCUAGGAAAUUGAAGUGUUUUCGUACAUUACAUAACUUCAGCUUUACUAUUAUAUCGUGACGAUAAAAUCAUACGAUACCAUGGCAUGUUAAUGUAAAUAAGCUGGAAUAAGAUGGUCACUGUAUUGUGAGAUAUUUAUAAAUAAAUAUUGAAUGUAAUGCCUCGACACAAGAUGGAUUGUACUUGUGUAUUAUUACUGUUAUUGAAUUAAAAAAAAAACAUACUGUCUAUUAAUGUAUAUUAUAAUUUUUACAAUACAAACAUUCAGAAAUGUAUUUAAAUAUUUUUUUUUAAUUGAAAUUUAUAUAUUAAAAAAUAAUGCAUUUUACGACUUUGAAAGUCGCAAAUAUUUAUUUACUUUGCAAUAAUUUAAUAGUCGCUAUAGACCAAUAUUAUAGGUGUUCAUUGCUCUUCCCUCAAUGAUCUAUUUCGAUACCAAUAGCAGCUUUACAUAAAUGUAGCUAAAGUUGAAUUUAGAUUGCUCCCAUAAUAAUAGUUUUAUCGUCAAAUCGAUAAAAAAUGAAAACCUUCAAAAAUCUACUACUCUCUGUCACUUUCUUUCAAAUUAAGAGUUUAACUCGAAAGAAAGAGACGACACUAGCUAAUGUAAGUUUAUUACAUUAUUGACGAAUUUAAUAUUAAAGUUUUUUUUUUUAAAUGAAUCUAUGUUUCGAGGCCUACAUUCUUUUUUAAAAUGAACAGUGUAAUGCAAAAGUAUCAAUGCACAAAGAUCUGCCAAAGGCAGAAUAUGAUCUCUUCCAUUGUUUGUAUGUAAGUGAUAUUAAAAAAAAAAACGAAGUUUUCUCUCUACACAUAAAAAUUGGCAGCUUCGGUCUCAGCUAAAACUACUUGUAAAAGUCCUGUUGAAUUUCGAACUCUACAUAUUAAUUGAUAAGGUCGCGUGUCGUGCGCGUAUGAUAAAUAAAGGUGUGAUCUUAAUUAUAUAAUUUUAUCAUAUAAUAUUUUACGUGUGAUUGAUUGUUGGGAUUCGCUCGAAUCGUGUGAUGUAGGACUAAAAUCCCUCGCCUACUUUAUAAGUAGUAGAUGAAUGAUGCUUGUUGUAUUGGCACUCAAUAUUGUUCAUUUGUGCCUGUAAUACAAUUAUAAUACUAAAUGUAACUAAAAUGUGUGUGUGUGUGUGUGUGUGUGUGUGUGAGCCGUACAUAUAUCUAUAUAUAAUUAUCAUUUCAUUUAUUUACAAUUUAGUAGAUGAAUAUUUUGAGUGAAGUCAAAUUUUAUACUCUAGUUUUUAUGCAGAAAUAAUAAUAUUAUAUUAUAAUAUCAAUAAUUGGUAACACCAAGACGUUAGGCUUAGGAACAAAUAAGAUCUUGUAUAUAUCGAAAAAAAAAAAUAAACAUAUUAUUGCAGUGUCCUACUUUAUUUUUGUAAAGUUUAUAUUUGGACGCGCGGCUUUGUAAAUACGCGUCGGGUAUGAAUGACUGGAAUGGAACGUAAGCCGUCAUCGGAUAUGGAACGAAGAAGUGACUUUGAUAGAGCGUAUAAUUUAUUUACAAUUUAAUUAUUAUACAUUUUACUUUAUAUUACGACGUUGGCACAACGAGGCACGCAUUCUGCUAGUAAAAUGAACAGUACCGCUACCAUGAGUUUGUACUAGCACUUUACUACAGUAGACUACUGUCGAGUUUCUACAGCAUUUGUAGUUACUUACCGCGUUUUUUUUUUCACUGCAAUAAAACAGCGCUUUGACAACAAAUAGCAGUACGAGUGUUUAUCCAUGUAGCAAGAUUCUGAGAAAGAAUAUCAAUCUACCAAAACAAAAAUCGUUCGAUAACAACGUCAAUAAAUAUAAAAAAUACGAACACGUCGAAAUCGUGGGAUGCUUGAAAUUAAACUAGUAGAUACUGCACGCGGAAAUCGCGGGAUGUCCAAUCAGAGGGUUAACUGUACACUGUUGAACAUAGCCUUCCUCAUAACGGAGAGUUUUGCCAGUAGUUGCCAAGAUUGGCAGGCGAGUUGGCAAACGCUGUGUGGCUUUUGGUAAUGAUUUAAGAGGGAUGCUGCUGCCCAUCCCUAUACCAUAAGCUCUUUUAGUCUCUUAGGACAGCCACGGGAAAGGAAAAGGUUGGCCUAUUCUAAGCCGGGACCUACACGGUAACACAUUUGUAGUACUCGAUAGUUAUACAGUAAUUUAUCCUACGAAAACGAGAGGCAUUAUAGUUUACGAUAGUGGCAUAACUAACGAAUUACUACUACAUCCCUCACCACAGGGAGACUUUGUACAAAAGUCGAUUGCUUGGGUACCUCUGUCCCAUUCGUGCUUCAACCGUAAAGCAGUUGUGUUUGCAUGGCUGUGUUUCGGUUUGAAGGGUGGGAUAUGGUGUGAAUUUACAGGGUACAGAGGAAUAACACCUGAGUCCUCAGGAAUGGCAACGAAUGGGGGGUAUCAUGGGCGAAACAGUAUACUCUGUUAUGUCCAUGUUACUGCUCAUGUCUAUAGGCGACGGUUACUACUUUCCAUCAGGUGGGCCGUCAGCUUGUUUGCCGUUUUAAGUUGUAUAAAAAAAUACAUGCACUAUAGAAUUACUAUAGAUAUAGUAAUCUACUGUAGUAAAUUAUCUGUACAAACUCAUGGUAACUGUGGAGGUGUGUGAGGCCUAUAAAAUCAAAGACAGCUAAAUCCAAAAUUAUCUAUUAAUAAAUUAUCUAUCUAUCUAUCUAUCCAAAUUUGUCAAAUAUUUAGGAAAUUAUAAAAAACUAAUAUAGAAUAUGGAACGAUAUUCUAUAUUUUAAACCAGAAUAAAGAAAAUUAGAAUAUUAGUAAUAAUUCGAAUUAUAAUUAAUAAAACUUUUAAUUAAGAGAAAUAUUUGAAUACAGUGUAAAAAGGAAAUUGAUUUUAUAGCGUUUAGCUGCAUUUGAUUAUAUUAUAGGUCUCAAUUAUGAGAGAUAUAGUCAGAUACAACACGCGCGCCACUUUUUAUUAGUAUAGAACACAUUCUGAUUUGCUGGAGAUUUUCUUCUGUAAUAAAUCUAAAAAAGUAUCCCAUAAAAUUCCAUAAUAUUCUAUCUGUGGUUUUGUACAUAUUAGUUUGCUGUCAGUCUGUUAAUCAAAUGAAAUCAAUACUAUCUACGACAUUAUUCAUUUUAUUCGAUCAAUAAGAUAAAAAAAAAAUGUUUGAAAAUGGAACCCGGUUGUUCGACGUUCAAAUAUUAUAGAACGAGAUGCACAUUUCUUGCGUCGUUGUACCAACGGUGUUAAUACAAGAAAUAAACAUGUGAAUGUCUUGUACUAAUUAUGUCUAUCAUAUAAAUUAUUUUGGCAAAAUGAUAUCUAUAUUCUAAAUAUAU